GUAGUUUCCACGAAUUCAUCGUUUUUCCUAUAUCUUAUAUAGCCAUGUGACACAAAAGGCGGGAAUGGAGGAUCCAAGGCUGGAAUGAUAUCGUGUAUAUGGGAAAAACGUUAAUGGGGUCCCGAUAAUAGCAAUUUUUGUAAAAUAAAUUAUGAACGUCCCCUUUGAGCACGGGGGCUCCUGUUGAUUGGAUACAUAUGUACGUACAUCCCCAUAUACCUACAUACAUACGUUUAAUAAUUUGGUUUAAGGCUUAUCUGAAUAAUGUAGGAUUUGUUUGCCACACACAAAAUGUAGAGAAUUUAUUGCAGUGAACGUCCACGUGUCAUGUCACCAAAAAAUUUGUGGAUAGUUUUAGCCCUCCUAUCCAUACCUGUGCAUCUUCACUCAAUUUACCCAAAUUGAAGCUUCAUCCAUGAUGAGGGAGUGAAGGAGAGUGAAGCUGAGUGAGGGAGUUGAAAACUUGGAUCGAGUGAGUGAAGGUGAGUGAGGGAGACCCAAAUGAGAAAUGAGUGGAAUGAAGGAUGAAGGAGAUGAAGGCUUCAUCUCCUUCAUCUCUCUCACUCCUUCUCCUCCGGGGAAGAAGGGUGAAGGAAUAUAGGGGAGAAAAUUAGUUUACAUACUCAAAUAAGCGUUGCAAUAUCAACGUAGUACGGUCUCGUAUUACCCCAUGCAAUUUUCACCGUGCCCCAGUCCAAUGUCACGUUGCCCCAGCCCAGUCUCACGUUGCCCCAGUCUAGUCUCACAUUGCCCCAGUGGAAUCUCACAUUGCCCCAGGCCAGUCUCACGUUUCCCCACUAGAUGGCGCCAAAUUAUUUACAUUAUGAUGACGCGAGAGACUGAAUUGAGUGAAAGAAAGAGUGAAGGAAAUAGAUGAUUGAAGGGAGUGAGUGACGUGAUGAAUGAGGGAGUGAAGGGAAUGAAGGAGUGAGCAUUAUAUUUAUAAGCUAUUGAAGCCUCACUCAGUCUUCCUUCACGUGAGUGAGGGGAGUGAAGGGAAUUUGUGUCGAGGUGAAAAUGAGGGAAGUUGAGUGAAGGGAAAUUCGCUUGCACAGGUAUGCUCCUAUCUUUCUAGUGUUAAGCUCGUGGAAAGGGUUGGUGGAUAGGCAAAAACUCAACAGUUUUUUUUGUUGACGUAGUACAUAAACGUAUUCAGCAAUGUUAUCAGAGCAAACAGAUUGGGAAGAGAUUCCAUCGAGCAUUGUACAGAAGGAUCCAGAAGCAUUUAAUCACGCUCAUUACGACCUACACAAUUUCCGACUAGUUGGCAACAUCCAGUUGCAAAUCUAAUCUUAUCGUUGGCCUGGAUUAUCCAUACAGGGUUUCGGGAAUUCACAUUCAUACAUGCGCGAAUAAUUCCCCUCAUAGGGGGAAUUGCUGUCAAACCCUGAAAUUUAUUGAAGAAAACGGGGAUUUAUCAUCCAAUUCUAAUUUCAAUUUUCGUGGUGGUUGAAAGCUGUAAUUGGGGUAGCGAUGCAAACCGCACUAAAAGUGUAUAAUUAACUGGGAGAAACAAAACUGGAGUUGUGGCAUUAUGCAAGCUCGGAAUUAAGAUUUUAUAUCCAUUUUCCGUCCUUACAAGUUUGUAGUUUACACAAUUUGUGCACACUUAUGUCAACAUUAUUUAUCUACUUAUUUUGUUCGUAUUUAGCACCAUCGUUGGUGCAAAAUUCGUGAACAAUAUGUUUUUUUAGUACUUUGCAACCAGACACCCUAUUAGUUCAGUUUUAAAGGCUAAUUAAUUUUUUGAAUUGUCAGCAAUGUCAUGAUAUCAUAAAUUAUGGACUUUGUUAAAUUUGAAAACCCCGACUACCCGUGGGUAUUGCUCAUAUUUGCUACCCCAAAUCCUCAUAAAACCCUAAUACCCCAAAAACCCUGGAUAGCACACGCUAACUACCCGGAACCCUGGAUGCAUACCACACCUGCACAUUUAUGUACCUUAAACACGUUUGGCAGAAAAUUCCUUGGUUCAAUUCCGUUUGUCCGAUUGGUUUGGGAAAUUUUACUUAUUUCAAACUGUAGAAAAAUACUUUACCACUCCAAAAAAUUGUUGGAUAUACAUAAAACUAAUAAAAUUUACGUGUGAAGUGCAUCGUCAUCUUAAAUUAAUUUGUAGCCAAGUUAGCAUUCAUUUAUUACAUUCGAAGGGACUGGAGCCGAAAGGUCAACAAUGGGGGGUCUGACGUUGAGGCUAAUUUUGCCAGCAAUUUUUACUGCUGUUUACGUAGCAUUCCUAAAGGCCGGGGUGAUAAAAAAAUUGCAACGCACUUCUCGUCCCUCAACCUCCCUCAGGUCUCGUGUCUCUCAGGUCUCAUCGCCCUCAACAUCGCAAGCACCAGUGUUUGGCCCUAGAAGACGGACAAAACGAUUACAGAGACAACCGAUUCGCCCCGAGAUAAAGAGUGAUGCCGAGGGACUAACCAGACCAGGACAAAUCGGUGUUCCUCCUCCUGUUCAUACAAGUCACUUUCCUUCUGUAAGUAGAUGUGCACAACCGUUAACAAAUCCGUAUUCUCAAUAUGAUUCCGGUUUCCCCUGCCCGUGUCCAGCCGACAGUUAUUAUUUCAAUGAUUUUCCGCCGCCAUAUUCGUACACUAACUGCGUGUUGACGACUUUGGCGUACAUUUGCCACCUGCCAGCGUCGCAGGUAUCGCAGCUCAUACAAAUGGAUUUCAAGACUUUAGCUGAGAACUAUCGCCUUAUCAAGCCAGCUUUGGAAACUCUGGGAAGACGAAAUGUUGAAAUUCAUCCAAUUGAAAGCUUUUAUGAGCUUCCUUCUCUCGUGAACAGACUGAACGCCAUUUAUCCAAUAUGUCGAUAUUUCAUACUGAUCAUGAAAGACAGUCAUGUAUGGUACAGCCAUGCCGUGGUAUUAAACGCUUGCGAGAUCGAUGGUAACCUUGUAAUGAAGCUGAUCGAUGCCCAACUCAACGUGACAUCGGACCAAAGGAUUAACUACACAUAUCCUGAAUACAACCAACCGGUUGCAUUAAUUUCGUGGGAGGCGCCUGAAAACCCUGUGUUUCAGCGACGGCCGUGCAUACGAAUCUAAUUGUAAGUUCAUUAAUUACUGAUCGCUUUGCUACUGACAAAGGAGGUCUCCCAACGUAUUCUCACAGAUUUAGACCAAGCUGGUGUCGAUUAUAAAUAUGAUUAGUAUGAAAUUUGCAGAUGGCACUAUCUGCCAAUGCCCAGGUUUGGCGGAGAUAUUUGCAACCAAAGCGAGAAAAAUGCGCAUUAAAUUGGAAAGAGUAAAAUUUGCCAGCCUUUAGACGCGUUUUACCCUCUUUUAGAUGCAAAUCUCUUUGCCAAACCAGAUAGUUCCAUUUGCAAAAUUCAAAUUGUACUUAUUAUAUUUGUGAUCGAUUCACGCUACUUUGGUCCAAAGCUGUGAGCAUACAUACGUUGGGAGACAACCAUUGUGUGUGAGUCUGACACAAGAUCAUGUAGUGGGUCCUUUAUUAUACUAAACGUGUAUAUGUAAAGUCCGAUAGAGCGCCGUGGUUCUUACCAGACGAGGUCUGGGGUGGUUAAGUUCGAGCCGUUUCACAACUACGCCCAAACGGCAUUGUGGUAUGAGCCUCGGAUUUGCUUCCCCGUUUAGCGACAUUAAUGAGGUAAAACGUCAACAUUGUCACAUUUCUUCACUUUUCAUGCAAUGAGUAAUGAGCAAUGAGUAUGUUGACGUUUUACCUCAUUUACACAGACACAGGGUCAGAAGUAGAUGGUCAAAAUAAUGAUGAUUUUUGAAAUCUCCACCUUAAAUAACGUCUAAGGCCGUGGCCCCAAAAAAUUUGACAUUUUUGACUUUUACGUAAUUUAUACCGAAAUGGGGUCAUCACAGGUCAAAAUAAAGGUGAUUCUUGAAAUCCGUCCCAAAGUACGUCUAGAACGUGCACACAUUUGUGCAAAAAGUCGUGCAAAAGUACUUGCAUGAUCUGUCCAGGGAUUGAACCUGGCGUAGUGUGGCUAAACGGAGCAGCAAGCCGGUGGUUCACACCACCACGCCAUGUGGGCGUAGUGGUGAAACGGCUCGAACUUAACCACCCCAGACCUCGUCUGGUAAGAACCACGGCGCUCUACCGGACUUUAUACACGCUUAGUAUAAUACUCACCUGAUUGGCCCUUUCUAAAGUGUGCUGAAAAUACUAACCGUUUUGUAGAUUUGUGAAUCAUUUAUUGAGAAUAAAUAUCUUUAAAUUAUAUGAAAAUUAUUAUUUAUUCCUAAGCAUACAUGUUUUUAUGCAUAUAUAAGCUAAUACUACGCUUACACCAGGAGGACAAUUGAUUUAAGGAAAUUUAUUUUUAGUACAUAAAAGUAUUUACUUUUAUUUUUAUUCUGUUUGUUACACGAGUUUAUACAGAUUUCUAACAUGGAAUAACAAUGUAUGUAUGCUACGCUACUAAAAUAUGUAGAAAAUGCUUUCUUAUCAUUUCUUAUACCAAUUCCAUUUUCCAUGCAGUUGAAAACGGCUAUAAAAAUUGAGAAUGCAUAUAUAUUCACAUACACAGUCAUAAUCAUGAUGCAAAUAUAUUAAGACUUGCAUACAAUUGGGAGGAUGUGGUACAUACAUAUG